AUGCUGUGGCAAGCGCACACGGACAUAAUUCUCCGAUGCGCAUGUUCGCGGAUUCGAUGCACCACAGCGGCACGUGGCGGCCGAGAUGCGGCGAACGGUGGUGGUAUAUCGACCGAAACAGGGAUAGGUUUGUCGAGACCGCUCGGGCUCCGUCGCAGGGCAUACUUGCAGGGGCAAGACUCAGCCGAUACGACUGGUUCAAAGGAAGCUCAGCGCAAAGGGAAUGCUCAUUCGUUGAGCACGAGAGGUGUGCAAAGAUUGGAGAGCUGCGUCUUCGGUCGGACCCGAACGUCACCACGCUUUGGGUACCUUCUUACUGACAGGCCUUUGAUGGCAACGUCGAUGCAGGUGGACCUCCUUUGCGUGUCUGACAAGCGUUCAUACGGUCCUCUCGCGCAACACCAGAGUCUUACAACCAGGUCGCGACAGCACGCAAGGCCGGACAACGCGCCAUGGGUUGCAGCUGAUGUUACACAUGCUCCUGACUCCCGAGCACGGCCCAAGUCCGCAAUUUUAUUUCCAGGAAUGGGCUUGUGCUCACUCGGGACAUUUUUCGCUCUUGCGAGAGUGCGGCCCUAUACGGUGUGGAUCGGCAAUAGGAAGUGUUGUUGUUACGUCCAGAUUUGUUUGCCUUGCUUCCGUAUCCUUGGUUAUGCCGUUGAUGUCUCUGGCCUCUCGCCGUGGACAUGA